ACACAACCGAAGCAGCCGUAUCUUAGCCGUCUCUAGAAGCUUCCCGUAUGGCUUAGCCAGAGCAGCAAGCUGCUAGAACAUCAGUGAAAAUGUCUCCCCAGAAUGUCCCACAGUUGUUGGAGAGAGCAUACAAGAACUACAGAGUUUUGUUACACAUCCCCGCACUACAAGCUGCCUGUAGCAGUCUCGGAUCUCUCAUUAACCUCCUCUACCUGGUGGAGAAGACAGGCCAAAAUAGCCUUUUUUCUCCCGCCGACGAGGACACAUAUAGGGAUCUUGUUUCCGGGGUCAAUGCUAUGCUCUCGGAAUUGGAGACUGCAUUGAAGGGAGUCAAAGAGAAUCAUGGUGGUAUUGAUAGCAUCCGUGAGCAACCGCUUCGUGGUCACCAAAACAGGCUGGCUGCUUUCCUCGAGGUCUUGCGAAGUCACUCGCAAGAGAAGAUAACGGCCGCAUUACAGCAUUUACGAGGUAUCCCCAACCCAGAAUUCCAGCGGUCGCUACUUUCCUCGGAUUGGGCAGUCUUGGAGACUGAACUUCUCAAAUAUGGCAUCUCACAAGACCUAAUUGAUGAAGAGUUCUUUUUCAUUCAGAAUCUGCUCGGGAGAAAUCAUCGGGAAGAAGAGGAAGAUAUGCUAAGAAAUCAUCCCGUUGUUGAUGUUGAUCGGCGGGAAGAAGAAGAAUUGCCAGGCUACACUCCUGGAGCACAACGCGGAACCAUCGAAGAAAAAUCACAGAAUCUAGAGCAGACCAGGAGAAUGAUGACGAUGGUAGACCCUGAGCAGUUCAUUCCGACCUCUUCCAAUGCGGCCCCUCCAUAUACAUUCGAGGAAGGGAUUGAAGAGGACUUGGAUGCCGACAUCUCUAAAUGCAUCAAGAAAGCCAAAGAAAUCGAGGCCACCAAAAGGUUUCUCUCAAAAGAAGAAACACCGGAUCUUUUGCCCCAUCCUUGCGACUGGCUGCCCAAGGCAAUGAUAGCAGAGUACAAGGAUUCGGAUGAAAUCAUACAAAUGAUGGACGCAGCCUCGUUCUCAGUAAUGGCAUACGAAACAGCGCCGCGAUGUCUCCAACAGAUCGAGAGAUUGCAUCGGCUUUUACGAGUAUCCUUCGAACACAGGAGAGAAGUGAACAUAAUUGAAAAGGUCUUUCAAUCCCUGAACAUCGCAUCUACCGCUCUUAGCAAGUUCAUUUUGGUUCGGGGUCAGCACAACAGCGGUGUCAACUUCAGCGACUUGGAUGCACUGGACUUUAAAUUUAGUACCGUGGCUACUGUCCAGAAACCCCACCUGCAAUUCCCUCUGAGAGAAUUUGAAUUUGCUCAAAAGAGCUACUACUCGCUCCUCACUUACAUCAUGGGCUUUCUGGAAGCUUUAUCGAGCGUCUUAUCAGGUCUAACGUUCAUAACACUCCACCACGACGAACUCGAAGUGAGAUGGAACAAUCGAGAAAUGGAUACCCGAAUAGCCUGGAUGCAGAAGCGUCUUGCUGGUUGGGAACAAGUUGAGGAAGCAGUAUCCUUUUGUAGGGACUGGUACGGCUUGCGUCCAGAACUGCGUCUCCACGCUUCAGCGGCAUUGAAAGAAUGGGAAAGAUCGAAGAAAAUCUUGUCAGGGAGCGAAAUCGAUGAUGUUAUUGAUCUCACAAUCAUUUCUGCCUCUAAUUUACCGAAAUCCAACUUCAGGCCGCCAUCUGCAUUUGCCAAAGUGGUCCUCUAUGGACCAAAUAAAUUCGGGGGUGCCAUAAGGUUGUUCGAUCUCAAAACGGACCCAGGACCAAAAACACAGAACCCGGUAUGGAAUCAACCAUUUCUUCUAAAGAUUCCGAAGAACUCGAAGAUGAUUGACGUAGAGAUCCACGACCGUGUAGCUGGGAUUGACAAGGAGUUGGUCAGAGUACGGUUGAAGUUUUCCUUCAUACCGGGGCUGGAGGCGAACUUUGAGGGCCGAAGUCUGAUGUACGGUAUUGAUGAGGAGGUUGAAUUUCCCACAUUUUGUGUUGAAGGGAAAGGGAAGCAAAAGGAACCGUCUCUUCUGAGGAUAAAAUUGAAAUGGAAAGGGAGAUACGGCCGAGUCGAGGAUCUCGGGCUUCCUGCGGAGCCCCCGGGGAAAUUGUUCAGGGCGGAUUUCACUGGAAUACCUCUCACGAAUGAGGAGAGGGAAGCUUCCAAGCCAGGAGCGAAAGACGUCAGAAGAGUCCGUUCGAGGGACCAGUCCGGUGCUGAAGGGCUGCGAGGUACUGCUGAGGUUGCUACCGGUGUUUUGAAUUUUGUUGGAAAUCUCGUCUAAGAGGAAAGAUGUUGUGCAUCUGGGUGGCGAAGGGGGGUUGGAGUCAGGUAUCCGGUCUCAUGGUGGACAAAAAUCGCGGCACUAAUUAUCAAUGUCCCCAGUCAAGCUGAAAAUUAAAGGGGACAAUUUUUAAAUGUUCCAGAAAUUUAUAGACAUUGGGAGGAAGCAAAAAUUGAAUGCACCUAAAUCGAAGGAACUUUUAAAGGGAAAGCAUCUGAAAGAGUUCAAGGCGACUUGGGACACUGAGAAUCCAGUACUGCUUUAUGUGUCCACCCAAG